AUGUCGAUACCGAAAGAGCCAGAGCAGGUGAUGAAGCUGAGAGAUGGAUCGGUACUUGGGAAGAAGACGAUUCUUAAGAGCGACCAUUUUCCAGGAUGCCAGAACAAGCGUAUGUCUCCUCAGAUCGAUGGCGCUCCCAAUUACCGUCAGGCUGAUUCACUACGUGUACAUGGUGUUGCAAUCCCAACCGCUGCUGGGAUACGAAACGUUCUCAGGCACAUUGGAGCUCACAAGGAUGGGAAACAAGUACAAGUUCUUUGGAUUAGUCUUAGGGAGGAGCCGGUAGUAUACAUUAAUGGGCGACCAUUUGUUCUACGUGAUGUGGAGAAACCUUUCACCAAUCUCGAGUACACGGGAAUCAACAGGGUGAGGGUAGAGCAAAUGGAAGCUCGGUUAAAAGAAGAUAUUCUCAUGGAGGCCUCUAGAUAUGGGAAUAAGAUACUUGUCACUGAUGAACUGCCAGAUGGUCAGAUGGUGGACCAAUGGGAGCCAGUAUCAACUGAUUCUUUAAAGACGCUGCUUGAGGUUUACGAAGAACUACAAGCUGAAGGCUACCUUGUCGAUUAUGAACGUGUUCCUGUAACUGAUGAAAAGUCACCAAAAGAAACAGAUUUUGAUACGUUGAUUAGGAAGAUAUCUCAGGCUGACAUCAAUACGGAGAUAAUUUUUAAUUGUCAAAUGGGACGUGGACGUACAACGACUGGAAUGGUGAUUGCAACUCUCGUCUAUUUCAAACGUACUGGAGCAUCAGAUCAAGGAUUUCCAAGAAACAACUCUUUUGGGAGAAUCUUUAAAGCUGGUGAAAACAUUACUAUUAAUCUGCCUAAUUCUGAGGAGGCAAUCCGUAGAGGGGAAUAUGCAGUUGUUAGAAGUUUGAUACGAGUCUUAGAGGGUGGUGUAGAAGGCAAAAGGCAAGUUGAUAAAGUCAUCGACAAAUGUGCAUCCAUGCAGAACUUACGAGAGGCAAUUGCAACAUAUCGCAGUAGUAUUUUGCGUCAACCCGAUGAAAAGAAGAGAGAGGCAGCACUCUCAUUUUUUGUUGAGUACCUGGAAAGAUAUUACUUCCUUAUAUGCUUUGCUGUAUAUCUUCAUUCAGAGGGUGCUUUCCUCCAAUCUGGUUCGCUUGGCCAUGUUAGUUUUACUGAUUGGAUGCGAGCUAGGCCAGAGCUCUAUAGCAUUCUUCGCAGGUUGCUCAGAAGAGAUCCUAUGGGUGCCCUUGGAUAUGCAGCUAUGAAACCUUCUUUGGCAAAGAUUGCAGAAUCUACUGACGGACGGCCUCAUGAGAUGAGUGUUGUCGCUGCACUUAGAAGUGGGGCAGUUCUGGGAAGUCAAACUGUUCUGAAGAGCGAUCAUAGUCCCGGUUGUCAGAUUUCAAGUCUACCAGAGAGGGUGGAAGGAGCACCGAAUUUUAGAGAGGUUCCAGGAUUUCCUGUGUAUGGUGUUGCGAAUCCAACUAUAGAUGGUAUUCGAUCUGUCAUUGAAAGGGUUGGGAGUUCAAGAGGUGGCCGGCCAGUUUUCUGGCACAACAUGAGAGAAGAACCUGUUAUAUAUAUCAAUGGGAAACCAUUUGUUCUGCGUGAAGUUGAAAGGCCAUAUAAGAACAUGCUAGAAUAUACGGGGAUUGAUCGAGAUAGAGUGGAAGGAAUGGAGGCUCGUCUGAAAGAGGAUAUUCUGAGAGAAGCCAAGCGAUAUGACGGUGCGAUAAUGGUCAUUCACGAAACCAAGGAUGGACAGAUUUUUGACUUAUGGGAACAUGUGAAUGCUGAUUCUGUUCAAACACCCCUCGAGGUCUACAAAUGUUUAGAGGCUGAUGGUUUUCCGAUUAAGUAUGCACGUGUACCUAUAACCGAUGGUAAAGCGCCCAAGAGCUCAGACUUUGACAUGUUGACAUCGAAUAUUGCUUCUGCUUCCAAAGACACUGCUUUUGUCUUCAAUUGCCAGAUGGGGAGAGGUAGAACAACUACUGGAACUGUCAUUGCGUGUCUAGUGAAGCUCCGCAUCAAUUAUGGGAGACCAAUUAAGGUUCUGUAUGACGUUCUGACUCAUGAAAUUGUGGACGAAGAUUCCUCAAGCGGUGGUGAAGAAACUGGAAGUAAUAACGCUGAAACAAGGCCUCGGAGUGAAGGACAAAGAACUGAGGACGAGCACGGCCGUGCAUUUGGAAUGGAUGACAUCCUCCUGUUGUGGAAAAUCACUAGACUAUUCGAUAAUGGGGUUGAAUCUCGUGAGGCGUUAGAUGCUGUAAUUGAUAGAUGUUCUGCAUUGCAAAAUAUACGUGAAGCUGUUCUGCAGUACAGGAAGGUUUUCAACCAACAACAUGUUGAGCCAAGAGUAAGAAGUGCUGCUUUGAAACGUGGCGCUGAAUACUUGGAGAGAUACUUCCGGUUGAUUGCCUUUGCUGCAUAUCUUGGAAGCGAAACUCUUGACGAAUUCUUUGUGAAAGGAGAGUCUAAGAUGACUUUCAAGAAUUGGUUGCAUCAGAGACCCGAGGUGCAAGCCAUGAAGUGGAGCAUAAGGCUAAGGCCUGGACGUUUUUUCACCAUUCCUGAGGAAUUGCGGGCACAACAUGAAUCGCAACAUGGGGAUGCAGUCAUGGAGUCAAUUGUCAACGAACGGAGUGGUUCUGUAUUGGGAAAAGGUUCUAUACUUAAAAUGUACUUUUUCCCUGGCCAGAGAACUUCAAGUCGUAUGCAGAUUAAUGGUGCACCUCACGUACACAAGGUCGAUAGAUAUCCUGUGUAUAGCAUGGCAACUCCCACAAUCUCCGGAGCUAAAAAGAUGCUCGCAUAUUUAGGCACCAAAGUGAAGGAAGAAGGUGGGGAUUCAGCAGCAAGAAUCGUAGUAACAGAUUUGAGAGAAGAAGCAGUUGUUUACAUCAAUGGAACUCCAUUUGUAUUGAGAGAAUUGAGUAAACCUGUUGAUACCCUCAAGCAUGUGGGAAUAACCGGUGCAGUGGUAGAGAGCAUAGAGACACGGUUAAAAGAAGAUAUAUUGUCUGAGGUUAGAGAGACCGGAGGUCGAAUGCUAUUGCAUCGCGAAGAAUAUAGCCCGGCAUCAAAUGAGUCUCGAGUGAUAGGAUAUUGGGAGAAUAUUCAACCAGAUAAUGUGAAGACGCCUGCAGAAGUAUAUGCUGCUCUGAAAAACGAAAAUUACAACAUAUCUUACAGGAGAAUACCUUUAACCAGAGAAAGAGACGCAUUGGCUUCCGAUGUAGACGCAAUCCAGUACUGUAAAGACGAUUCUGCUGGGAGUUACUUGUUUGUAUCACACACUGGUUUCGGAGGAGUUUCUUAUGCAAUGGCCAUUACUUGUCUCCUACUUCAACCUGGUCAGAAACUCACAGCUACACCAAACACAAAUUCUUCUGCCUUAGAAGAAGAUGAUUCGCCUUCACGGGCUUGUGAUGAAGAAGCCUUGAGCAUGGGGGAUUACCGCGACAUACUGAGUCUCAUAAGAGUGCUUUCUCAUGGUCCUCAAAGCAAAUCAGACGUAGAUGGAAUAGUCGAGCUGUGUGCUGGUGCAGGACAUUUGAGAGAAGACAUUGUUCACUACACCAAAGAGCUCAACAAGCUUCCUAUUACAAAAGACGAAACCCGUUCAUACAUCAUGGACAUGGGUGUUAAAGCCUUAAGGCGCUACUUUUAUCUAAUAACAUUCAGAUCAUACCUCUAUUGCACGUCGCCAGAAGAAAUGAAAUUCUUGGAUUGGAUGCGAUCACGGCCGGAACUUGGACAUCUCUGUCAUAACCUCAGGAUAGACAAAUGA